AUGGAUGGUCUUUUAACUGCCGUUAAAACCAUCAACCGGGAUUCUGAAUCCCCGUUGGUUGCUGUCGAGAUUCAGAGUCGCAAUGACGGUUUCAUCAAACCCGCUGUCGAUCUGAGCCAAGAUAUAUCAGCGGAGCAGCUGGUACAAAUACUGAAAUCGCAUCCCGAAAACGACGAGCUUGCCGUGGCCCUUGCAGCCCUGGACCCUUUCAACAAGUCAAGGAAGAUACAGAAUCUUGACAUUCGCAUUCCAGGCCCGACAACGGCUCAAAUUCUCCAGGUUUUAGUCAGCACCACCAUCCCAGAUCACUGGGCAUUUCUGAAUGGCAAGGAAAGCAAGGCAAAGGACGCAAGAUGCCGAGCAGCUCUGCUGCGCUGUCUAAGCAGCAUAGCGGGACUUGGGUCUCUUGUGGCUCAACUUCGCACUCUCAUCGCAAGCUCUCGGGCGGCAGCUCAGAAAGCCGAAGGCUCAAGCAGCCAUCUCAUGAUCCGAGAUCUCUUGUCUGUCCUUGCUGCGCUGCUAGAACCGAAGGACUUCCUUUCUCGCAUCUACACAGAUAUCUUAUCCCUUUAUGAGAAUAAAACUCGACAGCAAGUUGCCUGGAGAGAAUUUGUGUCCCUCGUUGCUGCUGGUAAAAUACUUUCCACGGCAGCAGAAGCGCUCACCGUUGCCAAUACAUCUGAGCCUGUGCGAUCCGUCUCAUGGAUCGGUGAUGGCCCUCGCUAUGCGUCCUGGUUAGGUGAAAACAUCACCUAUCUUGUCUCAAAGAUUAAGGCGGGGGAUGAAACUGGCUGGACCUCGCUCGCUUUCCUCACUGGCCGAGCCUUGAGCCUAGGCUAUGCUGAUCAACUGGUCCGAGAAAUUUACUCGGGAUGGCUUUUCGAGCAGCUAUCCUCUGCUAACUUUGGCUUGCUAGUUGACCAUCUCAGACAGCCAGAGCAAAUUGCUGUAAUGGAAGCUAUUUUCCGCGAUGUACAGAAGAAAUACUUCUCGGACGACCUUUCAGAAAACCUUAAACAGCAAGAUGAAUCCAGCAGCGUCAUCUCAGGUGUGGCAGCUCUUUGCCAAGUUAUCAUUGCAGACCGUCCGUUUUUGAAAGAUCAAAUACUGGGUUGGCUCUCGAAAAGCCACGGUGGAUCAAUCCAGACAAUUGGUCUACGUCGUGCUUUACUUGCGACUUACAAUAAUUCUGCUGAGACAUUGAAGUCGUUGCUUGUUCGCAGUCUUGAGCAGUUUGGCGAUAAGUUUUUCAUCAAGCAUGUUCCAAACAUCACCCAAAAUACGAACGCCCAAUUGAUCCUUCUAGCAGCAGGCCAGCUAAACCGGCUGGAUCCACUUCAGUUGCACGGUAUUGGACGUACGAGUGUUUUCCUAAACGCUGUUUCCAACCGACUCGCGGCUUCUUCAAAUCGAGCGCGUUUUCUGGGAAUGAUUGUAGGAACCGGGAUCUCCCAGCUCAUAGAAGAGCCCGGGAAGGCCAUGAAGUUUGACCUUGAAGAAAUGCAAAGCGAAGAGGCACUCUGGUACCUGAGUCUCACCACGGUUCAAGACAAUGUUGGACCAUUUGAAUCUAUCAAAGCACUACAGAAAGCACCUUCGAGAACCCAGCAACCGAUUAAAGGCACUCAAUUCGCCCAGAAUUUGAGACCAAAGGCACACUCAAAACCACCUCAAACAAGCAAAAUUGUCGCUAUUGAAGUAAUAGAUGACAGUGAGGAAGAAACUGAUGAAGAUGAUGAUCUCCUUCCAUAUGAGAAACCCGACGACGAUGCGGAGGAUGAGGAAGAUGACCCGACAUUAAUCCAACGAAACAAGCCAAGCGCGCCCGUUUACAUUCGCGACUUGAUUGCAUACCUCCGUGAUACUGAAAACGUCGAACGCUACCACCUUGCCAUUAGCACUGCGCCAUCUUUAAUUCGCCGGAAGACAGGAUUUGGCACAGAACUUGCUGAACAAGUUGAAGAACUCGCUUUGACUCUAGUCAGUUUACAAAAUGACAACAAUCACCCAUCUUUCCACGAAUCACGUCUGCAGAGUAUGAUCGCCCUCAUAGUCUCGCAGCCUCUUAAAAUGGGCCGUUGGUUCGCUGCAAUCUUCUUUGAUGGAGACCUGUCUCAAGUCCAGCGAUCUGCCGUGCUUACAGCCUUGGGUCUUAGCGCGCGCGAGAUUGCUGGCAAUGGCGAAGAGGAUGCUAAGGCACUCAGUCUACCAACCCUUGGGGAUACGUCAUUCCCUUCCAAGCGGUUAUCGCCUGCUUUGGAGGCUGUAUUCAUGGGCGCGAAUGAAUCUCCCAUUGCGGCCCUCACAAGAGAGAUGUCGCGAACAUCUUUGCAACCGCUAGCAGCCGAUGCAGCAGACCGAAUGACAGGACCAAACGCGCUCAAGGUGCGCACCUUCUCAUCGCGCAUGGAGAUUGAGAAGAAGCGCCAGCAGCGCGAGGCUGAGCGGAAGAAGAACGUUGUGAAGGAUGUACACAAGGUGCUUGCCGAGGGAUUCUUCUAUCCUCUUCAAGGCCGAUUUGAGAUUAUGAUGCUGCAAUUCGCCUCGUCGUCAGCCCCCUCUCACAAUCCAUUCUUCGUCCCACACAUUCUCACCCUCUUCCUUCAAACACUCUCCCUUAUUUUCUCGACUGCAGGCCCCCAUAGCCCAUCUCUCCCAGGGCUUACACACGAAACGCUAUCAUUGCUUCUAUCACUACACACAGCCCCGGUUUCCAGUGAACCUACCGUUACUGCGGCUUUAUUGAAUCUUUUCCUGGCAGUUGUGGAUGUAAACAUUGCAUCUGGCUCAAAUGGCGAGGAACGCCUCGUCACCGAACAUGCUGCUAGGGUCAUGGAGUUGCGCGAGUGGGCUUCCGAAGUCUUUGAUCGCGCGCCCUCUGGAAGCAACAAAGCAGACUCCGGUCCAUUUGCGGAUCCGCAGGAACAAGUACGAACGUUGUCUGCCGGAGUAAUGGUGCGGCUUGGUGAGGUCAUAGAGCGAUAUCAGGGUCGUUUGAUGGGUGUGAACACCGGGUUCAAAUACUAA